AUGUCGCUACAAGCUUAUAUUGACCAAAAGGUUCUCGUCAUUACAGUCGAUGGGCGAACACUGGUCGGUACGCUGCUGUCCUGCGACCAAGUCACCAACAUCGUUCUGAACGAGACUGUCGAACGUAUUAUCCGACCCGCAGGUGAUCCAGAACCCAGCUCCGAGGUCAGCCAUGGCUUGUACCUUGUCAGAGGUGACAACAUCACAAUAGUUGGACUGGUUGAUCAAGAGUUGGACAACAGUAUUGAUUGGGAAAAGGUCCGAGGCGAGGUUAUUGGGACAACCAAACAUGUGUGA